CAAAACCUUACAAGAUCACAUAUUAUUCACAUUUCUCUCUUUCUUUCUCACUUCUUUUCUAUCUCUCUAUUUCUCAUGAACAACAAAAUAUUGUUCUUCUUGAUAUAGACUAUAUAUAUAGCUAUAGUUGCAAUAACAUUCUUUCAUCAUAUCUUUACAUUAUGGCACUUCUUACUUUCCCAUCUUCUUCUGAAACCCAUAAGAUACAUCAACCCACACACCACACCAAGAUGAGAAAACAACACCACCAACAAAAACCUAAUCCUAACCCAAACCCUAAACCUAUACCCAAAUCCAAGCCAAACCCCAAACCUAAAUCAAAAUCCAAAUCCAAACCAAAACCCGAACCAAAACAACAAAACCAAUCUUCUUCUUCUUCUUCAUCAUCAUGGGAUCAAUUCAAGAACUUAUUGACUUGCAAACAAAUGGAUGUUGUAGGGUCAAAUAAAGUCAACAAUGACCCGGUAAAUAAAAACCCGAAUAAUAACAAUUAUUCAAAACUAAGUUCUUGUAGCUCCAUAUGUAGUUUUAGAGAUGUUGUGCAUGGGAAUACAAGAGUUGUUCAUAGAGCUGAUAACUCUCCAGAAAGUAGUAGUACUACAACUACUAGUACUAAUGCUGGUCUAGAUUUCGGUCUUCUUAGUAACCGAAAAAAACAACAAAUGAGUCAUGAUCAAAUAAUGGGUCGUCGACAUCAUGGUUCGUCUUCGAAUUCUUCAAAAACUUUAACUACUACUGGUUCAGUGAGAUCCAAUAAUAAUAUUGUUCAUGGAAGUACUAAUUACACAUCAUGUUCAAGAGGAAUGCAGUUUAGAAAGCUUUCUGGAUGUUAUGAAUGUCAUGCUAUUGUUGAUCCCUCAAGGUAUACAAUACCAAGAAGUACCAUAUGUGUGUGUUCUCAGUGUGGGGAGGUGUUUCCAAAAAUGGAGAGCUUGGAGCAUCAUCAAGCUGUUAGACAUGCUGUAUCCGAGCUGGGUUCAGAUGAUUCGGGUCGAAACAUAGUGGAAAUAAUAUUCAAAUCUAGCUGGCUUAAAAAAGACCAUCCGAUCUUUACAAUCGAACGGAUACUAAAAGUCCACAACACCAGCCGUACCAUCCAACGUUUCGAAGACUGUCGUGACGCAGUCAAGUCACGCGCUACGGCUACCACCACCGCUUCCCGACGCGCUGCAGAUGGAAACGAGCUACUCCGUUUCCACUGCACCACUCUCGCGUGCUCUCUCGGUGCCCGCAACUCGUCCACCCUCUGCUCUGCCAUCCCUGGAUGCGGUGUCUGCACCGUCAUCCGCUACGGGUUCCAGAACCCAAAAUGUGGCGGCAUUGGUGCAGGAGGGGAUGGCGGAGCAAAGGGCGGUGUGCGGACUUCCGCGAGCAGCGGGAGGGCACAUGAUUGUUUAGGAAUUGAUACACAUGGUCGGCGGGCAAUGCUUGUUUGUAGAGUUAUUGCCGGAAAAGUCAAGCGCGUGGCAGAAGGCGCGUCGCCAGAUGAGGAUGGGCCUUAUGACUCUGUAGCUGGCAACGCUGGGUUGUACUCUAAUCUCGAAGAGUUGUACGUUUAUAAUCCGAGAGCUAUCCUUCCUUGUUUUGUUGUUAUUUACAAAGCACUUGAAAGCUGACGUCAAUACCGAGAGUGUUGCUAUAUUUAUAUAUGGAGUAUUAUUUAUUUUUUCCUGUAAAUGAUUAAUCUCUUAACAUAUUCUCUUAUAAAUCUUUUUAAAACCGUAUAAAUAUAACAUUCGGAUUUCACGAACUUUA